GUCUGUGCAGCAGGAGAUAAAAGCCUCUGGCUGUGAUUUGGGACUUUAGUGAGAUUUGUGCUGCCGUUGUUAGAAGAGAAAAAACGCGCAGAGAUGGGCUACUUCUUCUAUUUUUCUGCCGAGACAUGGACUCUCCUGGUUACUCUCAUCACACUGUUCUUUGUGUAUGUCUACUGGCCAUAUGGAACAUUUAAGAAAAUGGGAAUCCCUGGUCCCAAACCAAUCCCCUUUUUUGGCACUAUGUUGGCAUAUAGAAAGGGAUUCAUGAACUUUGACUCAGAGUGCUUUCAGAAAUAUGGGAAAACAUGGGGCAUUUAUGAUGGCCGUCAGCCUGUGCUGUGUAUCACAGAUGUUUCCAUGAUAAAAACUGUUCUGAUAAAGGAGUGUUACUCCCUCUUCACCAAUCGCAGAAACUUCCGUCUGAACGGACCACUGUACGAUGCCGUGUCCAUUGCUGAGGAUGACCAAUGGAGGAGGAUCCGCAGUGUUCUCUCUCCCUCCUUCACCUCAGGAAGACUGAAAGAGAUGUUUGGCAUAAUGAAGCAACACUCUGCUAACUUGAUCAGCAGCAUGAAAAAGAAGGCAGACAAGGAUGAGCCCUUAGAGCUGAAGGAGUUCUUUGGACCCUACAGUAUGGAUGUUGUAACCAGCACAGCCUUCAGUGUAGACCUAGACUCUCUUAACAACCCCUCAGACCCCUUUGUCACCAACAUCAAGAAGAUGCUGAAGUUUGACCUUUUCAGCCCUCUGUUCCUCAUUGUUGCUUUCUUCCCCUUUAUGGGUCCUGUUUUUGAGAAGAUGGAGUUUUCGUUUUUCCCUACGUAUGUCACAGACUUCUUUUACGCUGCACUGCAGAAGAUCAAAUCUAACCGAGAGACCAGCAAGCAAAAGAGUCGUGUGGAUUUCCUUCAGCUGAUGAUUGAUUCCCAGAAAAACAAUGACCUCAGUGGAGUAGAACAGGAUAAAGGUUUAAACGAUCAUGAGAUCCUUUCUCAAGCAAUGAUUUUCAUCUUUGCUGGCUACGAAACAAGCAGCAGCUCUCUCACUUUCUUGGCUUACAAUCUGGCGACAAACCCUGCUGUGAUGAAACGGCUGCAGCAGGAGAUCGACUCCACCUUUCCUAACAAGGCUCCGAUUGAGUACCAAGCUCUGAUGCAGAUGGAGUAUCUAGACAGCGUCAUCAACGAGUCUCUCCGACUGUACCCCAUUGCUCCUCGUCUGGAGCGCGUGGCCAAGGCGACUGUUGAGCUCAAUGGCAUUGUGAUUCCAAAAGAUAUGGUUGUCAUGAUACCCACAUGGCCCCUGCACCGGGACCCCGAUCUGUGGCCCGAGCCGGAGGAGUUCAAACCCGAGAGGUUCAGCAAGGAAAACAAGGAGACUAUUGAUCCGUACACAUACAUGCCUUUCGGGGCAGGACCGAGGAACUGCAUAGGGAUGAGAUUUGCUCUGGUGAUGAUGAAACUAGCAAUAGUGGAGGUCCUCCAGAGGUACAGCUUCUCUGUGUGUAAGGAGACUGAGGUGCCCUUUGAGAUGGACAUCCAGGGCCUGCUGAUGCCAAAACGACCAAUCAAACUGAAGCUGGAGCCAAGGUCUGAACCCUCAAGCUAAAGAACAACAAGAUAAAGGAUACUUAUUUUAACUAUGUUGAAGUAACACCAUGUCCAUUUGUUGUAUGUACAUUAGCUGAUACUGUUUUUUUUUUUGCUCCUAUCAAAGCUUUUAUCAACACUCAUCCUAACCUGAGUGACAAACGGAUAUAUAGUUAAACACAUAUAGUUAAAUCAACACUUCUCCAAUAUCAAAAGCUUUACCAAAGGAAGUAUUGUUAUUUGUUGCAGGCUGAUUGCACAGGCUUUCAUUAUCUUUUGCAGGUGCUCGUGUUUUUCUUUCCACCCCGUGUAAAAUAUUAACUGAAAAAAAAAUAGUAAGUAGUAGAUAGAGGUAAAUAUUCAGAUCCUUUAUUAAGUUUUUAAUCAUUAAUACCACACUAUAAAACACUCUGUUAUGUAUACUGUAACUUAUACUACUGUAUACUGACUGUUAUAAUAUUAUAUAUUAGUGCUUGUGAUGUCUGCAGGGGGAAAAUAAGUCCAUUGUCCAUUCAAAUGUCUGUGUUUUGUGAGGUUUCAAACGCAAAAUCAUGGUUUCUGUAUGUCUGUCCUGCUCUAUUAAAAAAAUACCAUCAGUCCA